AUGGCCGCCAGCACAAACAUCCCGAUGAUCACUCCGACCAGUCCCGCAACAAACGGCAAAUGGAGGUGGAUCGGUCCAUUCGACGAGUCAAGCCAGCUGGGGUCAAUAGCCCGAUCAACAAACACGAUACCCGCAGAUCCAUCAAUAGACAAGCCCUUGCGUAGCAACCGCACCUCGUGGUCGUUUCCUCCCUGGAUACUUAGCAUUGAGACGCCCGAGGUGAGCUCUCGACACGUAAGAUUUGCCGAAUCCAGCAUUGUGGGGAUAGUGUCUUCGCAAUCUAUCAUCUUUUGUAUGCUUCCAGGAGGAAGAACAUGGAGCUUGGCAAAGUCUGCGAGCUUUUGGACUGAGCCACGGUCGACAGUGAAGUUUCCCAGCUGCAGCGACUUGGAAGUUGGGAUGAUGAACGAACCGUUGACGAUCAUGUUGCCGAUGACCUCCCGCAAAGUUUCUGGGUUCUCGCUCAAAACUGAAUUGGAGCAGUAUUUAGAGUCCACCAGCUUGGAUUCUUUAAGGUCGAGCUUUUCGCUGGAAAAAUGGUACAGUAGGGUAUUUUUGGAUUCGGCCAGUUCAGUGGUUGGAAGCACAAAUAUGGUCUGGUUGAGCUCUGGAUCGUCUAUCAGGUCGGAGAGCUUGCGGAAAUCGACCUCGUUCACUGAAGAUUCCAAGUUGAGUCCCAGCAGAUAUUUUCUGGGAGUGAACACCGGCCGUGCGUCGUCGAAUAUGACCGAGUCGUACAAAUGA